CACCUAUAUGGGUUGGCCCCUGGGUAUUCUUUAGUAUUCUUCAGAGACUAUAUCAGGAUAUAUUCUCUGUAUUCUUUUUCCUGUAUUCCUGUGAACGCUUACAGGUGGCUUGCUUGACUGCUUGAAUCAUAAUUCAAUUCACUCGUUUUAUUUGGAUAUUUAGACGAACGCGAUUAAUAACAAAAUGGAUGGUCAACAUAUGAUAACUGGAAAAUUGGAUUUAGAAUUGAAAAUCAAAGAAGAGGUUAUUGAAAAUGAACGAAUUAAAAUUGAACAAGAUCUACAUUCUGAAUUAAUUAUUAAAGAUGAAAAUUGUGAUGAAAUGUUUGAAGAAGAAGAUGAAACGUUUGAAGGAAUUGAAACUGAUUCAAAUCAUCAAGAAAAACUAUUUUCAUGUGAUGUUUGUGAUAAAAAAUUUAACCGUAAAUACAGUUUAGUUCGUCAUAAACAAACACAUACCGAACACAAACCAUUUUCAUGUGACGAUUGUGAGAAAAAAUUUUACAAAAAAUGCGAUUUAGUUCGACAUGAACAAACACAUACUGUAGAAAAACCAUUUUCUUGUGAUGUUUGUCAGAAAAAAUUUAAUUUCCAAGUAAAUUUAGUUGCACAUAAACGAACACAUACUGGAGAGAAACCAUUUGCAUGCGAUAUUUGUGAAAAAACAUUUAAUGUCCAACCAAAUUUAGCUCGACAUAAACGAACACAUACUGGAGAAAAACCAUUUUCUUGUGAUGUAUGUAAAAAAAAAUUUAAUAACCAACAAAAUUUAGUGCGACAUAAACAAACACAUACUGAAAAAAAACAAUUUUCAUGUGAUGAUUGCGAGAAGAAAUUUACCAGAAAAAACGAUUUAUUCCGACAUAAACGAACACAUACUGAAAAAAAAUCAUUUUCAUGUUAUAUUUGUGAGAAGAAAUUUCACAGAAAAUACGAUUUAGUUUUACAUGAACGCAUUCAUACUGGAGAGAAACCAUUUUCCUGUGAUAUUUGUGAGAAAAAAUUUAGUUAUCGAGUAAAUUUAGUUGCACAUAAACGAAAACAUACUGGAGAGAAACCAUUUUCAUGUGAUGUUUGUGAGAAAAAAUUUAGGCUCCAACAAAGUUUCACUAAACAUAAACGAACACAUACUGAAAAAAAAAAACAUUUUCAUGUGAUUUUUCUUGGAUAAAAUACUAACAAAUUUGAAAAUCAUGCACACUUUUUUUUAUUGAAUAGUUCGAACAUUUAGUAAACAUAAGUUCGCUGCCCA